AUGACGCGAGCGCCGGGGAAACGCAGCCCCAGCGACUGCGCGGCUGUGGCUGGUACCGCCGCUAAGUCCAGCAGCCUCCUUACCCCAAGGCUGGCCUGCCGCGGCCUGGACGGCCCGUGCCCUCCAAAAGCAGCCUCCGGUAAGCGCUAUCUUGACCACUUUCGUCCCAAUCCUGGGCACCGUGCUGGACCUGCUGAACUGCGCGUUCUCGUCGGCAUGGCAGACGGACGUCAAGAUGGCUCUCUCGCUAGUGCUCAGAGCGUGUCUGGACACUUAUCUGCUUUUCCUGUGGAUCCAACAAUCGCGGCGAAACAGCCCAAUAUCCGUCGCUAG